CCUGACAUUUGGCUCCCUGGAUAGGAUGAAUGCAGCUAGUGCACGGUGGUGCCCGCCGCCAUGAAUUAUUCAUGAGGUAGCCGGGUGUUUGACAUCAUUGCGUGUGACUCGGGCACUCACUGGAUUACUGUGUUGCACACAAGAGAGCUGAUUGCAUUCAUGCAGCAGCACAGUUUCCGUGAGACGCAUGCAUAUAAUGUACAUGUACAUGUAGAGUGUGUAACAAAUAGCAUAGUACAGUCGGGUACACACACACACUCACUGUUUUUUAGGAACUCCGUAGCAUUUGCUGCAUUCACUGCAGUUGUGCAUUUACUACUGCUGUGUGUACAACUGCUAGGCAGAGCAAAGGAAACUUGCCCGGGAACACGGUGAUAACAUGCUGGAAUGGAGCACAUGAGGACAUCCAAGAGCCAGACAACGUACCAAUGUUGACAGCCCCUCACUCCAAGUGGUAAAUGAUAUCUUGUCUCCUUGUCGGCACUCAAGAUAGUAACUCUGCCAGCUCAGGAGUUUAUAAAUACAUCUGGCCGUCCGAGAUCUGUAUCACGCAGCAGCUCGCCAGUUCUUAUUUUCUGAAUCACGUCGGCCCAUCAAGUUCAAAGAGUUGAACAGUGGACAAGCAGUACUUCAAGAAGGCGUGUUCCCUCAUCCAAGAUAUAGACAGACAGAUCCGUCCUGAUUAAUCCUGUGAGCCACAGAUUUGGACGAGAUGGGGCGCAAGAAAAUACAGAUAUCCAGGAUAAACGACGAGAGAAAUAGACAGGUCACCUUCACAAAGAGGAAAUUUGGCCUCAUGAAGAAAGCGUACGAGCUGAGCGUGCUCUGCGACUGCGAGAUCGCACUGAUCAUCUUCAACAGCAGCAACAAACUGUUCCAGUACGCCAGCACCGACAUGGACAAAGUCCUGCUGAAAUACACCGAGUACAAUGAGCCGCAUGAAAGCAAGACCAAUCAAGAGAUCAUUGAGUUGCUGAACAAGAAAGAAAGUAAAGGCUGUGAGAGUCCGGACCAAGAUGUUGACGCUUACAAUUGUACGUUGACACCCCGCACAGAGGCCAAGUACAGCAAAAUCAAUGAGGAAUUUGACCGAAUGAUGAAUGGGAACAUGGCCAGGGGGCAAGCGAUGUCCAACAGCUAUCCCACCUCCAUGCCAGUUGCCAUCCCCAUCACUGACCAGCAGCAGCAACAGCAGCAUCAACACCAACAGCUGACCACACCGCAUCUGUACAACAACAGCCCCCCGAGCCAGCCGGCCAUGGUCAGCAGCCCCCAGCUGAUGCAGCCCCCGGCCACGGCCCCUCGGCAGAGCCUGAGCCCCCAGCCCCCCAUGUCACGGAUGAGCCUCAGCCCACAGCCUCCCCAGCAGCAGCAGCAGCAACAGCAGCAACAGCAGCAGCACCACCACAGCCCGCACAUGAGGACCAGCCUAAGUCCGCAGCCCAGCAUGAUGAGGAAUACCAUCUCGCCGCAGCCUCCUCGCCCUGCCAGCACAGGCUGCUUGGUCAGCGUUAGCGAGGACCCCGACAAAACAAACGACAGAGACAAGCCGACCAACUCUGAUCAGCGGGAAGCAGGUAACACGUACCUGGGACCUCCUCACAGCUCUAGCGGCAUGAGUCCAGUAUCGCCCAACGCUGGGACCAACAACAACCUCCCACUGAAAUCAAUGAACAAGCAGCAGUUCCCCCAUCGACCUGGGCUCAAGGUUGUCAUACCAACAACGAGACCUGGCCUACAAAAUAAUGUCGGAACGUCUCUCAAUCAAUCAUUAGCCACACCUACGGUGUCAUUAACUACACCCAGUAAUCCUCAAGGUGUCAUACCUAAUUACCCAUCAGCCCUCCCAACAGGAUAUCAUCCAGGAAGCGAAUUUCAGUUGACGAGUGCCGACCUCAACCAGAUCAACUUUAAUUCACCCAGUUCACUGUCAUUAGCCAGCUGGCAGAGCCAGUCGACGCAGGCAGGGCCCCUUACGGCAGCGAUACAGGCUGCAGGAAUCGCUGGCCAUCCGCUGAGCGUAUCCACUUCGUCCAUGCCAGGGCAGAACUCCUUCACCACCUCCACAGCCAUCAAGUGCGAACCCCUGUCUCCUCCUAGGGAUCGAAAGCUCAACCCCCAGAUGAUGCCGCACCAGCCUAGUACCUCCCCCGGGCCUUCCAACAACGACCCCAACGGCUCCCCUCCUUACAACGACCACGGAGGCCGGGCCCUGGUGGACAAAGACCUGCCACCGUCCAAGAGGCCGAGAAUAUCUGAAGCGUGGGUUCGGUGAACAGGUCACCCGUCCCAUGUCCUUCUCUGGCCUUUAUUAUUAUCAAGCUUUUUAGGCAGUCAUCUCCAAACCUGCCUUUCAGGUUAUGAGGAAGUCUCAUUUUUAAAGAUUUUUAUUUCUUCUUGAUGAGGGGGGCCCCUCGUUUGCAGUUGAGGAUGAGCAGUGUGUAUGAAUCAGAGCUGUGGGUCUUUUCUUGCAGUAAUCACGAGGAAGCCUGAGAAUUUCCACCACAAAUUGAUUUGCUGUACCCUGUAUGGAUGGAGAGUAACAUUCAAACCUGUUCAGUUCAGUACUCAUAAGACACCCCUGGUUUGAGGUCUUUCUGAGAUUACCUUGAGUACUCGAUCUGACGGUUCAGGAAAUUCCAGAACUGCAGUAUCUGAAAGGGAGAAAUAUCAGCUGGGAUGUCUCGAGUAUGAAACAGAAAAGGUGAAGAUAGAUAUAGUUGUUGGGGUGAGGCACAGCGUGUGCUUAAACUUGUCACUAAUGGCAUUGCAAAGAAUUUUCUUAAAAAGACCCACAGCUUCUGAAUUUAUCUUAACCCAAGUCACGGUGUUGUCUUCGGGUCGAUCGCAAGUCUGUCAUGGGUCAGCCCGCCAGUCCGUUUCAAGUCAAAUUUACUUGUCUUGUUUAGGUAAACAGGUAAUGAACAUUUAAAAAGGGAUGCCUUUGUCAUAAUUCACUUAAAUAGCUUUUGACUUGUCUUGGAAUUGGUUGCCUCCGUGAUGGCCUCCUAGGGACUUGUGAUGGGUGCGUCUGCUGCACUGGGUUUCUUGUCUUCUUCUGCAGUCUAUUAAUUUCACCACUUCCUUUUUUGAAGGGGUUCGGGGUGACUUAAAAAAAAAAAUUUGACUGCCCAGAUUUCUUCCGAUAGGCUGAAGACGCUGUAAACUAUUUGUUCGUAUGUUUUUGUAAUCUUGGGUUCGUCACUUUUGUAAACAGUGCACGUAACUUGUAUUUUGUGUGGGUAUCUUGGUGUUAUGGUAUAUAUCUGCACAAUACAGUUGUCUCUGUCAUUAUCGUAUCAUUUUUGAUGUCGAUACACAUAUAAGGCUGCACAGUGCACGCAACCAAUAUCUUCCUAACACCCCUUGCCCCUCAAAAAAACCAAAAAAUUUACUAAACAGAAUGUUUUGCAAAAAUGGCGUAUAAUACCCGUUUUUCUAAUUUGUGGACGUUACGAAAGUUUUGCUUCUGUUUAGUACAUUUGUCUUGUGGCUGUGCCAUUGUAACCAGAAUUUGGUUUUGUUUUUCUUUUUUGGUGAUGUGAUUCAGAUUUGUAUUGACUUUAAAAAACUUAUUUUUAGAGAGACCAUUAUAUUCAAAAAUUUGUACACAAACGAUUGGGGGCUGGGCCCCAACAUGAUUCUUUGGGUUUGUUUUGGGAUAAAGUAGACUGCAUUUAAUCACCAGCAAAAUAUUUUAUUUUUGUUGAAAUUUGUGACAGCUGUACAUUAGGCUUAUUAAACAGAUGAAUGUAUACAUUUGUGUCUCUAAAUUUUGCAACAACUCUUAUGGAACUUUGUGUGUUGAAACAACGUGUAUACUUAUGUUUUCUGCAAAGGUGAACUUUUUUUUUCAUUUUGAAUUUUCUCUUGGAUGACUUUGUGUCUGCUUGUGACACACUCUUCAGUUAUUUGAAACAAAAAACAAACACAACAAACUUACAUAACAUAGAAGCUUCCAGCCUUUUGACAAGAGUGAAAUGUCCGGGCUUGCACAGUAUUUACAUAGGAAUACCAAUUUAUGUAAAGGUAUGCAAAUAUCUAGAGACUUUCCACAAGUUCGCUUAUUUUCAUUGUAGGAAUCACAAACCCUCUCUACGAAUGUCUUGUGAACCAUUUAUGCAUAUUGGAAUACUCGGUCAAUAGCAUAUUUUCGAUUUUUUUAAAAAAUGAGUCAGCCUUGUUUAGUCAAUUGCAUCCUUGGCUUGUUUGACUUGGUGCAUUUUGUGUUGUACAAGACAGUUCCAAUGUUUAUUAUUUUGACUUUAUUAGCUAUUUUAGAUUUUUAUUUCAAAUGGAUGUUCUACCUAUAUAAAUUGUGUGUAUAUACUCUUCAAUUAACUUAAGAGGACUAGGAUGCUGUUUUUCUAUACAAAAUAAUUAUUAAAACAAAAUAGCAGACUAGUCAAAUACUUUCUAAAAAAAAUAUAAAAUUUAACAAAGCUACAUUGAAAUAAAUGAUUUUUUUUUUAAAGAACUGGAAUAUGUUUUUAAGAUCAGGGAAGAUUGGUUUGUAAGCAGCUGUAGAAAGACGUGUAGUUUUCUUUGAAUACAAAUUCAGAUCGGCAUGAUUUUCAAUAUUCAAUACAUUUAAAAGGAAAAAAAUAUCUGUACAAAUAUAUGUCAAAUCCUGGUGCACCUGCAGUUAAUAAAUACUCAUGCCUUGCUGGUAGGAAAAUAACAUGUUACAAGAAAUAGGAUGUAAAGGAGGUCAACACCUGGCAGGUUGACCUUCAAUUCAUUUCCCCACAAAGUUACUUUCAUUUUAGAAGGCCAGAUAUUUUUACUGAUAUAUUUUAAGUCCCUGCUUUGAAUACGAAUACUUUGAGGAAUAUUAAAGUCUUUAACAUUCAUCCAAAGUUUGGCACAUACAUGCCCCCUUCCUCCUGAAAAAAAAAGCCUUUGGUCCGGAAAAUUCAUUAAGCAUGUUGUCAUAACAUCAAAAACAGGUGUACAGGAAACAGAAGGAAAAGGAAAAAAAUACUACAGCUAUUUUCUUACUAAAGCACAGAUCUAAAAGCUCUAUUGAAAUCUGAUGUAUAUAUACACGUACGACGGGGGCGAGAUAUUCUUUGCCAUUCAACAUACCAUUCAGGUAUAUAGCAGGAGAAUAUCUUAUUCACAGAGCUUAUAUACUGUAAUAGUACUGAAUAUUUUUCUGAUGAUGGGGAUGUAUAAUUUUGCUGUACAUAAUUCCAGAGGGGAGUUGUUUUGUUGUCAUUAAGGCAUUGUGAUAUUUGUGUGGCUAGGCUGUAUUUUUGUUUUAUGAAAGUGGCAGUUUGAGGGAGAAAAGAGAACUUUUGUCAUUAUUUUGGAAGUUGGUCAUCGGUAACUGGAUGGUUCAGUCAGUGUUUUAUUGACACCGAAAUAGAGGUGAGGCUGUAUUCAACUUAAAUGGCUACGGAUGGAAUCCAUAUGUCUAUGAGAAAUACAGGAAGCCACUAGCUGAUGGCCUCCACUGACAUAUGUAUUAUUUCAAGCCGUAGCCAAGUAUUUUGGACAUGGCCCAACAGGUAGUCUUCCUGGGUGGAGAGAACGGUGAAUGGCUCAAAAUUUUGACAGUCUUCAAAACCAGGUGGUUGGACUUUACUCCCUCUUUCUUCAAUCCUGAAUAUCCCCCGUACCUUGACCAUAAAUCCAACUGUAGCCCUGCCAGUGGUCGCAUUAACAUUCUCCAGUGUUAUCCAAUUCAACUGUCGCAGCCUAUUUGACCAAAGACACAGCAUGUCACUCUUUACCGCUUUGCAUUGUGGGAGGAAGCUUGGUGAUACUGAGCUGUCACAGUCAUAUCACGUUUCACGGUUACUGUUCUUCAGCUCUCUAUUGUGCAUGUUAAUGGUGGCAUGGUUCUGAGGUUGUCUGUUCACUAGUUGACUGUCUCUUAAUACCCAAUUUAUCACCAAAUCAGUUUCAUUGAAAAAAACUGAACUAUCAUUUUACAGUAUUCCUCUAAAUAAAAACUUCAGUGCAGUCUCGAUUUCAUCACUGGAGCUGAAACUUACAAAAUGAAAGACCCUACUAUACUUACGCAGCGAUCCCUCCCGGCUCCCAUGAUGCAAUACAGUAAAAGACUGACACUAUGUUGUAUGGGAUCCAUUUCUGCCACAUGCGUGCCACUUUGAUCAAUUGUUUUAGUUAUGUACAGAAAGCGUACAUUUUGACAAGCACGUAAUAUUAACUGCAUCAGUUAAUCCCUGUUGCAUAGCGAGUAUUGGCAUUAGACGCCUACACGUCUGUACAGCCUUCCCAAGAAACACUAAGCGGACCAUUUGUUACUCUACCCCCAAUAUACAUUAAACAUUCUUUUGCUUGACCAAUGUUUGAAGAUAGCAAUUCUGUAAAUACUCUGAAAGGCAUUAAAAUUGUGCAUGCACUUUAAAUAAAAAGCUACCUUUUUGGUUUCAAUCUGCAGUGUGAUUACAAGCAUCUGUAGCUCUGUAAGAAGUAAUGUCGGAGCUCUAAUAAUAAAGUUCACGAUCUUCUUUGCCUCUUUUGAAGACCCCAACUACAAUUUCAUGUUUUUAAAAGAUCUGGACAGCAAAAACAGAUCUGGCAAGACCAUAUAAAAAAGAAAAACAUGAUCCAAAACUCCAUUCUGUUUCAAUAUGUAGUUGUCUCAGUCCAAUCGAGCACAAAAACCACGUAAGUAAAACGCUGUUAAGUUUUUUCCUUGAAGUAUUUUAUCAAUGAAAACCUUGAGAAUGCUGUUGUGGCAUUUUAUGAUUUUUCACAUCUAUAUGACCCCACAGGCUGGUUGAGUGCAUCCUUAUCAGGAUGUUAAGACUUGUAAAUGUAUCUCUAUUGUGGGCCUAGUGAAGCACAUGACCAGCAUGAAAUACAAACCACUUUUGAUGCAUUUGUCCAAACCUCAUUUGUUCAUCGGCCUUUGAGGACAACAAACAAGAAGAAUAUACCGGUCUUGUGUGCUUUACUUGUUUUUAAAAUGGCGAAAAUUGAAGCAUCGACAUCUCAACAGCGGAUUUGAAAAGUUUCCGUUAUAAAAAUGUGAUGUGACAGUUGUCAAAUAUUGACUGCUUAAAUGGAAUUGUGAACUUCCUUAUUCUUGUAAUGGAAGUGAAAAAUAUUGUAAGCUCCACUUUUUAUGCCAAAGGUUUUUGCUGUUUGUUGACCAUGAUAAAUUGUAUAUUUAAUUGUAAACUUGGAACAUGAUGAACUUUUGGGGUGGCAGUUAUUCCCCAAAUGAAGACAUGGCUUAAAAUUAUUUGAGACCAAAUGCGGGCAACUACUCUGCUCAAUGGCCAUUGAUUAUAAAUGUUGCUUUCCUGUGGUGUUGAAUAAAAUUCAUGUCAUUGUACAUAUUCCAUUUUUUGUUGUUAAAAACGGUACCAUCCCCUACUUGUUUGGCAUCUUCAUGUUAUUAGUUUUUCGUUUUAUCUUCAGUUGUACAAUUUGUUUACUCCAAGAUCAUAAUACACCAGUGCAUCAUGUCUCAUUACAUUAUAUGCGAGUUGAAAUGCUUGUAAAAAAACAAAAGGCACAAACUAUGUAACGUGUCUGUUUUAAAAAGGUGAAUCUUGAAAUUAGAGCCUCCAUCUAUUGAGGGCACUCCACAGAGAAUGGUAAAGGUAUCCCACCAUCUGAAUAUUUACUGGCCCAGAAGGGGAUAUUUUUCUUGUGGAAGAAACAUAAAGAAUAGGAGACAGACUGCCUUGCUCAUCAUGUUUCUGAUGUGAAGAGGUUGGAGUGAUUGCAUUUGCAACGCCUGUAACUUUUUUUUUUAGCAAUUUCUACUUAUUCAAGUUUCAGUUGUGUUCCUUGUGUAUGAGUGCCAGAUUUUUUUCUCUUGUUAAUGAUGUAGCAUCCAUCUUGAUGCGUCACAAAAGAGGUGCACUCCUUGUAUAAUUUGUCACCCUUGUCUCAGCAAUAUGCCAGUGGUUGGCAAUACUUCACGCUGACAUUGCAGAAGUUAAGAACAUCAGCGGUUUCAAGAUAAGUUUUGAGGGUAAUUUUUUGUCAGGCAUGUGAUUCCGAUUUGAUUCUCUCUGAGAUGCCUUUCUCUGAUUGGUGACCCUACUUUCAAAAAACUAACCAAUAAAUAUACAGAUCUUCUAUGUAACAGGUUUGACACAUGUACAUUGAAAUGGAUUGUAAAAUAAAAUUUCAAACAAAAAUUAACUUCACUCUUGUAUUUUAAGGGUGUUGAAGUUUAAUUUUGUACUGCAUACAUUGUAAACAGUGUGAAAACAUUAAGAAAAAGACACAGCUAACACGUGAUUAUUACGUUUGUGUUGUAUGGUUAACACUGCAGGCAAGACUAGUUAUUGAGAAAAUAUGUAACAAGAUUUUCCAAAAAAAAAAUGGAAAAUAGGGAAGAGAUGUUUUAUCAAAAGUAAAUACGACUUUUUGUCAAAUAUACUUCCCAGUAUUAAUAUGGAGAUAUAUAUUUUUGUUGGAGUUUUGGGUAAGCAAAUUAGUGAGGUUUUUCGAAUAGAGUUUCAAAAUGCUUUGAAUGUUGACUUUAUCUGCUUUUAAUGACCACUUGUUUGCCUACUUUGUAUCAUAUAAAAAUCACUUUGUGGAGUUAUUGAAAAAAAUUAUACAAAAGUUUACCUCAA